CAUCUGGCUCUCACACGUGUUAGGUGACGGAGGUAUACAGGAAGUGAUUGGUGUGCAUGGUGUGCAUGUGAAAUACUGUUUUAUGUCGAAGACGCUUUUAGGUUUUUGUUUAAAUGAAUAACAUGGAUGAUGACAUUUUAAAUCUGAAGAAACAGCUCCUGGAAAAAGAUGCGGAAAUCACUGCGUUGAAAAACAAGCUGGAGCAAAUUCAGCAGGAUAACUCUUUACUAAUGGGGUUUCAAGACCAGGUAUCGCAGUUGGAUCAUCUACAAUGUUCUGCUUUAACCAACGAUGAUAUUAUGCGCUACAGCAGGCAGCUGCUCCUGCCAGAGCUCGGUGUCAAAGGUCAGAUGAGCCUUUUAAACACAUCUGUAUUGGUGGUGGGUUGUGGAGGUCUGGGUUGUCCUUUAGCUCUCUACCUCGCUGCAGCUGGAAUAGGGCGUUUGGGACUGUUGGAUUAUGAUGAGGUGGAGCUGAGUAAUCUGCACAGACAGGUUCUGCACACAGAGCAGACUCAGGGUCUGCCCAAAGCCUUGUCUGCAGCACAGGCCCUACACAGGUUAAAUUCUACAACACAGUGUGUGCCAUAUCAUCUCCAGCUGUCCCCUGAGAAUGCCUUGCAACUCAUCCAACAGUAUGACAUUGUAGCUGAUUGUUCAGAUAAUGUUCCAACACGGUAUCUUGUCAAUGAUGCCUGUGUUCUCAGUGGCAAGCCCUUAGUGUCUGCAAGUGCUUUGCGAAUGGAAGGCCAGCUCACUGUGUAUAAUUACAACCAUGGGCCCUGCUACAGGUGUUUAUAUCCUGUUCCCCCACCACCGGACACUGUCACAAACUGCUCUGAUGGAGGAGUGUUAGGAGUGGUGGUUGGAGUCAUGGGCUGUCUUCAAGCUUUAGAGGUUUUGAAAAUUGCCUCUGGACAAAAAUCUUCUUUUGGGCAGCAGCUGAUGAUGUUCGAUGCUCAGGAUGGCCGCUUUCGUUGCAUAAAGCUGAGAGCGAAGCAGGCAAACUGUGCUGUUUGUGGAGAUAUGCCCAGUGUGACAGAGCUGCAGGACUAUGAGAGCUUCUGUGGGUCUGCUGCAACAGAUAAGUGUCGUAGAUUGAAUCUACUCUCUGUAGAACAGCGAGUCUCUGUGCAGGAGUAUAAAUCUAUUGUGGACUGCGGGACUCCUCAUCUCCUUCUUGAUGUUCGGCCCAAAGUGGAAGUAGAUAUUUGCCACCUGCUCAUUUCCAUCAAUAUUCCACUGGCCAGUUUAGAGGAUCAGAGAACAGACCACAUUAAUUUUCUAAAGGAAAAGAUCUGUGAAUUAAAAUCGCGAAUGAGCACUGAAUCACAAGUCCCAGUGUAUGUAGUGUGUAAACUGGGGAAUGACUCUCAGAAGGCUGUACUGCUGCUGGAGAAGAUGUCUGGAACUGAACUUGAGCACAUCACUGUGAAAGAUAUCACCGGAGGCCUGAUGGCCUGGGCUAAUAAGAUUGAUCCAUCUUUUCCAAAAUAUUAAUGAUUAAUAAUUCUGUUAUUAUUAUUAUUAUAAAUUAAUAAUGAACUAUUUUUUUCAUUACUUGUAUUCCUUUAUCCAAAAGUAAACAUCCCAGUCAUUA